AUGCAAUACGUUUUGCCCUUCAGAGUCGGCAGCGUGAGCAUCGAUGCCCUCCGAUAUUUCGAUCAUCCCAUUGCUUGUUCUUUUCGGAUAUACCCUUGUUGCCAGAUCAAAGACCCUCCGUCCCCGUCUCCCACCGCCCGCUACUUCAGAACCGCAGCAAUUCCGUUGCCACGAGCGAAAGUGAUUCCGUGCGCGGCUCAAGUCCGCAGGGGUGCUGUGCUCGUCAUGGCGUCCAUUCCAGUGACGUCAUUCAGCGCCGCCAAGAUCCGCGAGCACGUCAAGUCGAAGCAGAACCAAGAAGAGACGUCCAACGGUCACAAGCUCUUCAGAUACAACCUCUUCGGCCUGGAUCAGGUGCUGCCCAACUACAACAGCAAGCUGAUGAACAGCAUCUGGGGCCAGUACAACCUGUACGCGUCGCACGCCUUCCAGAAGAACAGUGAAGGCUCCGCCCACUUGGGGGCGGGGCUCUUCGGGCUCCCACAGGAAAAGUGA